AUGGCCUCAGAGGACCACAUGCCAGGCCCUGUGUGCCUCAUUGAGAAUGUGAAAGGCCAACUGGUAGCCAACCAGGAGGCUCUGCGGAUCCUAUCUGCCUUCAAGCAGCCAGUGGUGGUGGUGGCCAUCGUGGGUUUCUACUGCACAGGCAAAUCCUACUUGAUGAACAGGCUGGCUGGGAAGAAUGCAGGCUUCUCUCUGGGCUCCACAGUACAGUCUCACACCAAUGGGAUCUGGAUGUGGUGUGUGCCUCAUCCCCAGAAGGCAGACCACACUCUAGUUCUGCUUGAUACUGAGGGCCUGGGAGAUGUGGAGAAAGGUGACAACCAGAAUGACUGCUGGAUCUUUGCUUUGGCUAUACUUCUAAGCAGCAUCUUUGUGUACAACAGUAUGGGAACCAUUAACCAGCAGGCCAUGGACCAGCUGCACUAUGUGACAGAACUGUCAGACAGAAUCAGAACAAGAUCCUCAUCUGACCAGGAUGAGGUAGAAGACUCAGAUGAGUUUGUGAGCUUCUUCCCGGACUUUGUGUGGGCUCUGAGGGAUUUCUCUCUUGAGCUGAAAGCAAAUGGAGAAACUAUUUCUCCAGAUGAAUACCUAGAGAAUUCCCUGAGGCUUAUACAGGGUACUGGCCAAAGAGAUAAAGAACAAAAGUUUAAUUUGCCUCGGCUCUGUAUCCGUAAAUUCUUCCCAAAGAAGAAAUGCUUUGUCUUUGAGCGGCCAGCACACGGAAAGAAACUUGGCCAGCUGGAAUCACUGCAGGAUCAAGACCUGAACUCCAAUUUCAUAGAACAAGUGACUGAGUUCUGUUCCUAUGUGUUCAGCUCUUCCAAGGUUAAAAUGCUCUCAGGAGGCAUCAAGGUCAAUGGACCACGACUAGAGAGUUUAGUAGUAACCUAUGUCAACACCAUCAGCAGUGGUGGUCUUCCAUGCAUGGAGAAUGCUGUCCUGGCUUUGUCUAAGACAGAGAAUGCAGCUGCAGUGCAAAAGGCCAUUGCCCACUAUGACCAGAAGAUGAGCCAGAAGUUGCAGCUGCCCACGGAAACCCUCCAGGAGCUUUUGCAUCUACACAGGGCCAUUGAGAAUGAAGCCAUCAAGAUCUUCAGGGAUAAUUCCUUCAAAGAUAUUGAUCAAGUGUUCCAAAUGGAAUUAGUGGCCAAAUUGGAAACAAAGGGGAAAGAAUUAUAUAAGAAGAAUGUACAAGCAUCCUCAGAUCACUGCUCAGCUCUGCUUCAGGAUAUUUUCAGUCCUCUAGAAGAUGAAGUGAAGCAGGGCGUUUACUCUAAACCAGGGGGAUACUGUCUUUUCAAUGGGAAGAUAAAGGAGUUAAAGAAGAAGUACUAUGAGGAACCCAGAAAGGGGGUUCAGGCUGAAAAGGCUCUGCAGAAAUUUUUGCAAUCCAAGGAGAGUGUGACUGAUGCAAUUCUGCAGACAGACAAGACUCUGACGGAAAAGGAAAAGGAGAUUGAGUUGGAGCAUGUGGGUGCUGAAGCUGCACGGGCUACAGCAAAAUUAUUGGAGGUAAUGCAUCAGAAGAAGAACCAGUUGAUGAAAGAGAAAGAGAAGUUUUACCAGGAGCAUGUGAAAGAGUUGACUGAGAAGAUGGAGAAUGAACAGGCCCAACUGAAAGAGAAGCAACAGCAGGACAUUGAGAACAAGCUUCAGGAACAGGCUCGACUACUAAAUGAGGAAUUCCAGCAGGAGCGCAAAAGACUUCAAGAUGAGAUAAAGAAUCUCCAGACAAGGGAGGCAAAGUGGAAACUGACCAUAAUGUAAAGGUCUAGC